UCUAAACUACAUUAUAAUGCAACGAACCUCCCUUUUAACCACAAACCGAAUUUGCUUUCAUUUAGGCUAUAUAUUUUUCUUAAAUAGGUUAAAGUCAUAGAGAUUUUUUUUAGUCUUUUAUUUUUUUUUUUUUCGUGUGUGGGAAUAGCAUUCCGCCCUGGAGCGGUGCGCAAUGCUUUCUCACGCCGACCUCCUGGAUGCUCGCCUCGGUGAGUUAUCGUCACCAAACUCCGGUCUCCAACUCUACUGGAUGAAGGAUGCUGCGGCGGAGCUCCUGGGCCACAGGGAGGCUCUGAAGUGCCGGCUCGGCGGCGGAGGCGGCGGCGGACCCGACCCGGGACAUUCCGGGGAGCUCGGCCACGGUGCGGACGGCGUGGAAGGAGCCACGAUGCUCCCCGGUGACGACAUCAGCGGCGGCGGCGGCGGCUCCAACCCGGUGCAGGUGAACAACAAGGAGCAGGAGAAGCAGCAGCAGCAGCAACAGCAGCAACAGCAGAACAACAACAACAGCAGCGGAAAUAACCAGAACCAGUCCGGAGGGCAGCAGAGUCAGAAGCAGAAGCGGCACCGGACCCGCUUCACCCCGGCGCAGCUCAACGAGCUGGAGCGCAGCUUCGCCAAGACGCACUAUCCAGAUAUCUUCAUGCGGGAGGAGCUGGCUCUGAGGAUCGGCCUGACGGAGUCCAGGGUGCAGGUCUGGUUCCAGAACCGGCGCGCCAAGUGGAAGAAGCGCAAGAAGACCACCAACGUGUUCAGAGCGCCGGGCACGCUCCUGCCCACGCACCACGGCCUGCCCCAGUUCCCGUCCGCGGCGGCCGCGGCCGCGGCCAUGGGCGACAGCCUCUGCUCCUUCCACGCCAACGACACCCGCUGGGCCACGGCGGGGAUGCCCGGCGUGUCUCAGCUGCAGCUGCCGCCCGCUCUGGGCCGCCAGCAGGCCAUGGCGCAGUCCCUGUCCCAGUGCAGCCUCAGUGGGCCGCCGCCCAACUCCAUGGGCCUGUCCAACAUGUCGUCCAACGGCUCCGGGCUGCAGUCGCACCUCUAUCAGCCCACGUUCCCCGGCAUGGUGCCCGCGUCCCUUUCCGGCCCGACCAACGUGACCGGCUCGCCUCAGCUGUGUAGCUCCCCGGACAGUGACGUCUGGAGAGGGACGAGCAUCGCGUCGCUGCGCCGCAAAGCGCUGGAGCACACAGUCUCCAUGAGUUUCACUUAGUGGCGGCUGGCGCGAAGAGAUUUUCUUUCUGCAUUUAGCUCUCUUGCUUUCAGUCGGGGGAGAAAAACAAAACAAAAAAAACAAAAACCAGGAUAUUUCUUCAUCUGCUGGCACCCGGCUCCUUAUUUUCCUCCUCAAACGAGAGGAGAAGAGACGCUCCCCGCCAGGCCUGCUGGCCUGUUAUCAACCACAGGGCUGGUUCCGUUUAAAGCUAUAAUUUAUUAUUUCGCAUGUGGCCGCUGUCUAUUUAUUUGUCUAUUUAAAUGAACUUAUUGGUUUGUUCGGUAUUUAUUUGGGCUCGGGCCCUCGGUGACAUCCGCUCGCGCUGUGGCUGGUGAUUGUUUCUGAGGACACAUUCUGGAGAUGCUUCAGAACACGACAAGGGUGCAGAUUUUCAGUUUUCCUCCUGCUGCCAAAGGGUUGCACACUGGACGCGUCAAAGCAAAAAAACACUUGCUUAGGAGGCUUCAAAGACUGAGAGCCUACAUCCAUUACCUAGCAGGGGGAGAGAAAUGAGCUGAUCUAACAGGAAUCAGGGCAACCUGGAGAAUAACUUGACUGCAUGUGCUGUCAAAGGCAAAAUAUAAUAAUAAUAAUAA